AUGCAGCAGGCUGCCCUGCAGUCCUGGGAACUCGAAAAUGCCGUCAGCCUCAUAGACCCGUCCCGCGACGCUCUCUACCAGUACGAUGAGGAAACGCACAAGUCGCUCAGCGCCGCGCGCCCGUGGGCCAAAGACCCGCACUAUUUCAAGCACGUGCGAAUCUCCGCCGUGGCGCUGCUCAAGAUGGUGAUGCACGCGCGGUCAGGCGGGAACCUCGAAGUCAUGGGCCUGAUGCAGGGGUACAUCCUGCCGGAGACGUUCGUAGUGACAGACGCCUUCCGGCUACCGGUCGAAGGCACGGAGACGCGAGUCAACGCGCAGGACGAAGCAAACGAGUACAUGGUGUCGUACCUGCAGGCUUCGCGGGACGCCGGCCGCAUGGAGAACGCGGUGGGCUGGUACCACAGCCACCCGGGGUACGGGUGCUGGCUGUCGGGGAUAGACGUGUCGACGCAGGACAUGCAGCAGAUGAGCGGACCGUUUGUGGCGGUCGUGAUCGACCCGGAGCGCACGAUUUCCGCCGGCAAGGUCGACAUCGGGGCGUUCCGCACCUUCCCCAAGGACUACACGCCGCCCAAGGAGGAGCAGGACGACGACGAAUACCAGACCGUGCCGCUCAACAAGGCCGAGGACUUUGGUGCCCACGCCUCGCACUACUACUCGCUCGAGGUGUCGCUGUUCAAGAGCGUCCUCGACACCGAGCUCCUAUCGCUCCUGUGGAAUAAAUACUGGGUGGCAACCCUCAGUCAGAGCCCGCUGUUUACCACCCGCGACUACGGCAGCAAGCAGAUGAUGGAUUUGAGUCAGAAGGUCCGGCGCGCAGCGCGUGGGAUUGAGACGAACACCUCGCGGGGCGGGGCGCCGACGGCUGUGAAAGAUUCGCAGUUGGAGAAGGUCGUGCGCGAUGGGCAGCGGAUUGUGUCUGAGGAGGUCAAGGGCUUGUUGGCGGCGGAAGUGAAGAUGAAGCUCUUCCAAGGUAUUGGGGAUCAGACUCGGACAGAGGCAUGA